UAUAGAGCAGACUCUCUCUUCUGACCGGGAACAAACUUUGAAUUUAUCAACGCUGACAGAACAAGUCUCUCUGUUUCCCUCCUCGGUUUCAGAACGAAACUUCACGCCUCGAAGAAAAAAGUGUAGAAGAAGAAGCUAAAGAGGAACUCUGAAGGAGGGAAGACGUUUCAGAGACUCAGUGAUGUUGUGAGAGACGACAGUGAACUCAUCACAGAGGAACGGAUCAACUGUUUUGGGAUUGAACAGCUGUGUGACCUUUGACCUGCUGAGACCAGGUAGUAAAAAUGAGAUCCAGGAGCUGCACCAUGGAGGGUCCAGAUGACGGACACAUCCAGCCCACCAAAGGCUUCAUAAAGCAGGAGGAGGAGAACAAACCGGAGCUCACGAAGAGGAAGAUGAAGGUCCAGCGAGAGGAGAAGGACGGCAGGACGGCGAAACCUCAGAAACCUUCAGAGAGCAGGAAGCCGGCGGCGAUGGAUCUGUCAAAGACCGACCUGCUUCAUCUGCUGGGAAUCAUGGAAGGAGAAGUUCAGGCCAGAGAGGACAUCAUCGGCCUGAUGAAGUCGGACAGAACCCGACCGGAGGCUCUGGAGGCCCAGUACGCCUCGGCCGUCCCCACAAAACCUCUUCAGGCUCUGCAGAGAGACGGACUGUUCACCAUGAAGAACAACCGCACCGAAGACGUCUACGAGAGACCCAUGGCCGAGUUGGACCGUCUGGAGGACAAACAGAGGGAGACGUACAGACGGAUGCUGGAGCAGCUGCUGCUGGCGGAGAAAUGUCACCGCCGCACCGUCACAGAGCUGGACAACGAGAAACACAAACACGUCGACUUCAUCAACAAGAGCGAUGACUUCACCAACCUGCUGGAGCAGGAGAGGGAGAGACUCAAAAGGCUGUUGGAGCAGGAGAAGGCCUACCAGGCUCGUAAGGACAAGGACCACAGCAGGCGGCUUGAGAAGGUCAGAGCGGAGCUGGUGAAGCUCAAGUCCUUUGCCCUGAUGUUGGUUGACGAGCGGCAGCUGCACAUCGAGCAGAUCGACCAGCAGAGCCAGAAGCUCCAGGACCUCGCCCAGAAGCUGCAGGAGAAAGAGCAGCGCUUGGCGGCGGUCACCAACGCCGCCAAGGACGACGGCCAGAAGGUCCUCACGCUGGAGGCCGAGCUGGAGCACAGAGCGGCCAGGUUUGCACAGGAACACGAGGAGAUGACGGCCAAACUGGCCAACGAAGAGUCCCAAAGCCGACAGCUUAGACUGAAGCUGGCCGGGUUGGAACACAAGAUCGAAGAGCUGGAGGAGAGCAACAAGUCUCUGCUUAAAUCAGAGGAGGACCUGCAGGAGCUCAGGGAGAAGAUCGCCAAAGGAGAGUGUGGGGAUUCGUCUCUCAUGACCGAGCUGGAGAAUCUGCGGAAGAGAGUGCUGGAGAUGGAGGGGAAGGACGAGGAGAUAACCAAAACAGAGACUCAGUGCAGGGAGCUGAGGAAGAAGCUUCAGGGUGAGGAGAACCACAGCAAGGAGCUGAGGCUGGAGGUGGACAAACUGCAGAAGAGGAUGGUUGAGCUGGAGAAACUGGAAGGGGCUUUCGGUAAGAGCAAAACAGAGUGCGCUCAGCUUCACACAAACCUGGAGAAAGAGAAACGUGUCGUUAAGGAUCUGGCCGGUGAGCUGGAGGCGGUGAAAACUCGGUUGAAGGAGCUAGAGUGCUCGGAGGCAAAGUUUGAAAAGGCAGAAAUGGUCCUCAAGGACGAUCUAAUGAAGUUGAAGUCCUUCACGGUUAUUCUGGUCGACGAAAGGAAAAACAUGGCGGAGAGACUCAAACAGGAAGAACAGAAAAGUGAUGAUUUGAGUAAGAUGUUCAAGGCAGAGCAGGGCAAGGUCACAGAGGUCACAGAGAAGCUGAUCGAGGAGAGCAAAAAACUUCUCAAAUUCAAAUCUGAGAUGGAGAUCAGAGUCACAACACUCGUUAAAGAGAAGGAUGAGUUAAAAACUAAACUUGUGAGUGAAGAGGAGAAGUGUAAGGAGCUGAAUAACAAGAUAGGUGGUAUGAAAGUAAAAAUGGACAAACUUGAGGAGACAGAGAGGGAAAUACAGAGAAAGUGGUCCAUCAAGGACGAUAACAGAAUUCCAGAUGAAGACAACAAAGCAAAAGAGUUCACGCUAGAAAUCGAAAGACUCAAAAGCCGGCUCAAACAACUGGAGGUGGUAGAAGGAGAUUUAAUGAAAACAGAGGAUGAGUAUGAUCUGCUGGAGAAGAAAUUCAGAACGGAGCAGGACAAAGCUAAUACCCUCUCCAAGCAGCUGGAAGAAAUGAAAAGUCAGAUCGCCAGAAACAAGGCCAUAGAGAAAGGGGAGGUCUCGAGUCCGGAGGCCGAGCUCAGGGUUCGCUGGAAGAUGGAGGAGUCCAAAUCCAGAGAGCUGCGGUCGGACGUCCAGGCCCUGAAGGAGAAGAUCCACGAGCUGAUGAACAAGGAGGACCAGCUCUCACAGCUGCAGGCGGAUUAUUCCGUCCUCCAACAGAGGUUCAUGCAGGAGGAAGAGAAGAAGAUGAGCAUGAGUCUUGACUUCGCGAAUCUUACCAAGGAGCUGGAGGCCACCAAGCGGUACAGUCGCGCCUUGAGGCCGAGCAUGAACGGUAAGAGGAUGGUCAACGUCCCGGUUACUUCAACCGCAGUGCAGACGGAUGUGAUGGCCGGCGAGGCGGCUGUGGACGAGACGACGGCGGGCUUCAUCCGGCAAUCAGUCCUUGAGGAAAACCACUUGAUGAGCAACCUCAGACAACGGGGUCUUAAAAAGCCGCCGGUUCUUGAACGAUACCCUCCAGCUUCGGAAGAGAUCGGGGCAAGAAAAUCCUGGAUACCCUGGAUGAAGAAGAAGGAGGCCAUCACGCUCACUCAGACCGGUCCCGAUAACACCAGUAGGGCGUCCAUGUUCCAUCCGCCGGAGAUGUCCAGGCCAGGCCAGCCGCUGCACAUCCGGGUGACACCGGAUCACGAGAACAGCACCGCCACCUUGGAGAUCACCAGCCCUCGAGCCGAGGACUUCUUCUCCAGCACCACCAUCAUCCCGACACUCGGCCUCCAGAAACCUCGAAUCACAAUCGUCCCCAAGCCAACGAUAGUGGCCUCGAGGAGCAAAGCCUGCGGUCUCGAUCGAGCCAAAUCCCCGGUCACCAUAACCGCCAUCUCCAGGGCCAAGAGUCCGGAUAAACCAAACGGCUGCCGCUCCGACGGUCUCCGGUCGCCGGUGUCCAUCAUCACGGUCAGCACCACUCCUGUGGCCGAAGCAUGCGCGUCGCCCGAGCCUCACGAGAUUACCGCAACCCGCACGGUGAUCAAGGUGACCCCGGAGAAGCAACCGACGCCUUUCAGGAAGUACAACGGCAACAUCGUCACAACGGAGGACAACAAGAUCCACAUCCACCUGGGUCAGCAGUUCAAGAGGCCCUCGGAGGGUUGCGGCGGUGCGGUGUUGACGCUCAGAAGCUCAGAGAGCAGCAGGGAAACGUUAACGGGAACGGUGCUCCGCUCUCCACGCCAAUCCUUGACCGGGAAGGUGACUCAGAGCAAAAUGACGAGCAGCAUAACGAUCAACCCCGUCGCCUCGGCAGCAACCAGGCCGACGCAGUCAGUGCCCGGUUCGGAUGUGCAGUCCGCUCGUAGCGCCGCCACACGGAUCCCGGUCUCAAAAGGUAUGAAGCCGAGCAGCAAGGCGUUUCUGGGCGUGUCGACGGUGACGAGGUUAGAGUCGCGGGCCGAGAGCCAGUCGAUGAGAAUCGAGCUGAGGAGGUCGACGGCGUGCGGCUCGGCCUCCACGGCGGGAGGCAAGAGCUGA